UUUGGCAUGCACUCAGUGACAGUUUGUGUCUCUUUUCUCUGUCUGUGAGGCUUGAUUUUAUUUUCAAUGACUCAUCCUGCUGUCAAGCUUACUUGUACAGAAAUAAUCCGAUCAAAUGCUGUGGGUGGAGUAUCUGACUCCACUCAUGUGUGACACGGCAUAGAAAACACCAUCCCCAUUUAGAAGGGCUCUUUUGUUUUCUGACUAGUCAAACCUUUUUUUUCCCCCAGAACUCUAAGUUGUCCAACAUUUCCUGAUCCAUGCUGCUAGCAAAUCCCAAAACCUUGUGCACUGUGUUGAUAUGGAGAAGAUGAUCACAGUGCUGGUGCUUCUGAUUAUGGCAGAAGGAACUCUGAGUUCUGGCUGGUCAGUGACUUUUGAAAACAAAGUUCCUUGUGCUCUAAAGGGAUCGUCAGUGGAGUUCAGGUGCUCAUACACCUAUACAGACGGUGAAACUGUUAGAGAGACUGCAUGGCAGAGAGGGACCUUCAAAAAUGGCAUCUGGACACGUGUUAAACUCUCAGACUUUCCUUCAUAUGAAAAUCGCUUUAAAUAUAUCGGUGACCUGCAGCAUAACUGUAGCCUUGCAAUUCAUGACCUGCAGGAAAAUGACACUGGAUAUUAUUACUUCUGGUUUGAUACAAACAAGUAUGGACGGAGUAGUAAAGCGUCUGUGUAUCUGUCUGUCACAGGGCUGAGUGCCAGAGUGUACCCAGAGAGAGUGAGAGCCGGAGACAGCGUGACUCUUGAAUGUAGAACGUCCUGCCAACUUCCCGGCACAGUCUGGUUCAAAGAUGGGAACCCAGUAGCCAAACCACAGUUCCAGGCUCAGACAGAGGAUUCUGGAAAUUAUUUAUGUGCUGUCGAAGGACAUGAGUCAGAGCCAUCUGACCCUGUGGUUCUGGAUGUUCAGUAUCCUCCAUUAAAUGUGUCCAUUGAGGUGAAUUAUACUGGCCACCUAGCAAAGGGCAGCAGUGUCAAUCUGGUCUGCAACAGUGCAGCUAACCCUGCGGCAGACAACUAUACCUGGUACAGGGGUACUGUUUCCAGCUCCAGCUCUAUGCUCCAGGUGGGCUCAGGACAGGUGCUGUCUCUCGUCUCUGUGGAAGCGUCCCACACUGGACUCUACCUCUGCCAGGCCAGGAACAGUGUGGGGGAAAACAACUCAACUGAGGUGCUGGUGACAGUGAAUCAAACAGACACUUUCUCUGCCUCCACAGUUAACCGUGUCAUCCUCCUUGUUGGUAUUGGAGUCAAAGUUGUUAUUAUGCUCUUGAUUCCACUGGUUAUCAUCUGGGUUUGGAAGAAGAGAUGUAAUUCUGCUGUGGACAAAAAGGAGCACAGCCAUGACUAUGAAAACAUCAGCACUGCUUAAAUGGGUAAAUAAAAACAAAAAUAAAACAGGGUUACAUCAUGGGAAAUGUCUGUGUUAAGAAAGCAGAACAGAAGCAUGAUGAGAUCUGUUUGCACUAGAAACAUUAUGUGAUAUGUUACAUUCAUAAUUGUUAUAUAUUUAAAUAUAUUAGUUCCAUUUUGAACAGUGCUUCUGAUCUGAAAAUAGAGUUUUCAAUAGCAUCAGUGGUUCACCACUGUAGCAACAGACUGUAUCCAGAUUCAAACUUGGAUAUGCUGCCCCCUUCAGUUUAAGAUACACAUGUACAUUAUGUUGUUUAUGUUAUAUAUUUUUUUAAACAUGUUUUGCUAUGACAGGAACUCUGUCUUGUUUUUAAAGCAAGUUUCCCUUUAAACAGUUAAGUGAAAAUUAAAAUAAAUUAUUUUAAAAAAAUUAUCUAAGAUUUCACACAAUUUGUUUUUCUCACGCUAAAUACAUAGAACAAAUCUCAGGUGAUGAGCCCGUAGCUUACAAGAAUAGAAUAUAUAGAAUUAGUGGCAUUGCAGUAAAUGCAGCACUAAUUACCUGCUCUAAUUAAAAACGUCAGAUAAAUGUCAAAAAUGUACAGUAAAUGCAACCUAAACAAAAUCUCUUGAACUGUUGUGCUCAUAUGUGGAACUGUCCCUUUAAAAUUUUGAAGCACUGCACUUCCUUGUUUACUUCAUUAGCCUCUAAAGUAGAAGAUGCAUGUACCAUUCUACUCAGCUAUUUUCACUUUAACAUGUGAUUAAAAUAGACUAAUGAGAUGAAGAA